AUGCGAUUCCUACUUGUAUCUUACUUUCUCCUUACAGCUGGUAGCUUCGUCUCUGCGAUUUGGCCAGAACCUGCCCACUAUACGCACGGAGACACUGUGGUAUUGCUGGAUCCGUCAGUUCGCUUUACCUAUCAACGUGGGGAGUUCAGGGUCUAUGAUGAGGGUGGGAGCUAUUUCACUGCCAGCACGGACUAUGGCCGUCUAAUGAGACUGCUAGAACCGCAAUGGUUCGGUAUUGGGAAUCUCCACCCAAAUUCAGAGAAGUCGGUAGAUGAUAUCCUCAAGAAAGCCAUAAAGCGCACCAGAAAGGAGCUUCGGCGUACCAGAUUUGUACCUUGGAAAUUUCAUCCUCGUAAUCAAUCGUUCGAGCCACGGUCUCUGAGGCGAGAGGAAGCGAUCAAAGAGAUUUUGAUCGAAGAGGCGCCCUCAGACGAUGAGAUUUUAAGUCGUGACUAUAUAAGCGGAGAUGAAAGCUAUGAAAUCAGGAUCACUAAGAAAGGCAAGGCGACGAUUUUGACAGCGUCUCCAAUUGGAACCCUCCGCGCGCUUCAAACUCUUCCACAACUGUUCUAUGCCCAUUCGUCUGGUGGCGUAUAUACACCGUAUGCCCCAAUUUCAAUCUCAGACAAACCAAAAUGGAGCCACCGAGGUCUAAACCUCGAUAUCUCACGAAAUCCUAUCGGCCCUAAUGAUGUGAAAAGGACAAUUGAUGCCAUGGCAUCGGUAAAGCUGAACCGGCUGCACAUCCAUGCCACUGAUUCCCAAUCGUGGCCUCUGGAUAUUCCGUCGCUGCCGUCAAUGGCGGCUAAGGCUGCAUAUCAUCCUGGACUUGUCUGGUCAUCGUCUGAUCUACGAAAUGUGCAAAAAUACGGGUUAGCAAGGGGAGUCUCUACUUUCAUCGAAAUUGACAUGCCUGGCCACACAGGAUCCAUAGGGCAUGCGUUUCCGGACCUAGUUGUGGCUUUCGGUAAUGACAGCUGGGAUAAAUAUGCCCUAGAACCUCCUUGCGGUCAGGUGAAACUAAAUGAUUCGGCUGUUCGCCGUUUCUUUGAUACCGUUAUGGCCGAUAUCUUACCUCGAGUAUCUCCAUUCACCGCAUAUUUCCAUACAGGAGGAGAUGAAUUCAAUCUCCAGAGCUAUAUGCUCGAGGAGACCAUACGUUCAAAUGACCCAAAAGUACUCAAGCCUCUUCUCCAGGAUUUCGUUAAUCGCGUGCAUAUGCAGAUCAUGGAAGCUGGACUGACACCAAUCGUUUGGGAAGAGCUUGUUCUCGACUGGGACCUUACUUUCCCUUCGCAACAAUCAGAAACCCAGGGGAUUAUUGUACAGGCCUGGCGAAACUCUACAGCAGUCAGACAAAUCCUGGAGAAAGGUUACCGCACGAUCUUUGGAUCAGGGGAUGCCUGGUAUCUUGACUGCGGAGUAGGAGGGUUUAUCAACCCUCGGCCGGGAUCCGGUGCUGUCAAGGAGCCAUAUCUUGACUGGUGCUCCCCCACUAAGAACUGGCGACACAUAUACACAUACAAUCCACUAGAGGGCAUACCCGAAGAGCUGCAGUCGCUGCUCGAAGGGGGUGAAACGCACAUGUGGGCAGAGAACGUGGAUCCUGUGAACAUGGACCAGAUGAUCUGGCCACGAGCAGCCUCGGCAGCGGAGGUGCUCUGGAGCGGACCCCGGGCGCGCGACGAUAUCAUGGAGGCGUCUCAUCGGCUUGGAAAAUGGAGGGAGCGAGCGGUGAUCGACAUGGGGGUCGGGGCGAGCAUGGUGCAGAUGACGUAUUGCCUUAUGCGCGAGGGCAGUUGCGAAUUGUGA